AUGUCUGAUCGAGGACGCGGUCGUGGAGCUGGUUCCAAGUCUGAUGACAGAUCAGCAUCUUCAUCACGCAGUCCCUCAGUAACACGACCGUCUACUUCGUCGAGUAUUCAAGACUCCGACAGAUUGAUGAAGCAACUAGCGACUAAAUUAGGUGCUAGCAAUACAUCCGGUCUUGCUGCAGCUGCGCGUUCGGCACCAAAAUUCACGCCAAAUUUAGGUGUCUCUAAAAAGAAGAAAGAGGAAGGUGAUACUCCAACCGAUAUAUCCUUGUCUAAUUCCAAUAAAGAUUCAUCAACAACAAAUAAGCGAGAUACAACGAAUGGUGAUAGAUCACAAUCGUUUCGCGGUGGACGUGGAAAUUAUCGUGGGGGUCAUAAUCGGGGAAACUACGUGCAAAUGGAAGGUUUCUUUCAAGGCAAUGCUCAAAUACCUGUCUCAUCUACGGCAUCCUUUUCGUCUUCGCGAGGAUCAUCAAUUAAACGUGAAAGUUCUGCAUCGAAUCCGAAAAUACUCAACAUAAAGAAACUCGGUCAAAGAAAAACAACUGUGAUCGGUGAUGUCGAUGGUUUGGAGUAUGAAAUUGAAGAAGAGUACGAACCACGACAAAUUCCCAUUGCCGAACGUAAAUCUGUAUUUGAUGUAAAAAAAGAGCCAAAUGUGACUCAAAAAACUAAAGAACCGAUUUCAACAUCUUCUGAACACGUCGAUUCCUUCAUUCAUUUAUUUUCUAAACAAAAACUUCAACCGACAACAAAUCCGAUUGUUAAAGAAGAACCCAUGAUAUCAACAGAUAUGCCGAAACCAGAAGAAUCUCUCCAUGAUCCAACUCAACUCAUUCUCAUGCAAUUUCCUGAUGUUUUACCAUGUCCACGUUCAUCAACAUCCACAACGACAACAAAACCUGAAUUAGCAUCAUUAAGUGAUUUACCCGAUGGUUUUCUUGGUAAACUUCAAAUAUAUAAAUCUGGCAAAUGUCGACUAAAACUCAACGACGAUACUUAUCUGGAUGUUGACAUCGCACAACCAGCAUCAUUUCUUCAAAAUGUCAUGGUGACGGAAAUGGCUACAUCGACGAAUACCAAUGAACAUGGAGCAAAUAAUGAUAUGAAUAAACUCGUUUGUCUCGGCGAUAUUAAACAUAAACUUAUUGUUUCUCUUGAUGUUGAUCAUGUUCUUCAAGAUACUAGACAAUAA